AUGUCAUGCAAGGCGGGAAGAAAAGUGAGAAGAGCUUGCAGUUCAAACCACAAUAGGGAUGCACCUCACCACGCCUAUGCGCGCGAGGCGAAGCUGAAUGGAGAAUCCUUUUCUCCGGAGCUUGGAGAGCCCAGUGUGCUUGCAGCUAUUGUGAGGCCUCCCCAUACACGCGUAAGCAUAUCCUCUGGAACCCUCCACGACGAAGGCAGCAGCCCCAACAGUCAAACCAUCAUUCGCUUCGUUGUCUCAAAAAAAGGCAUUGCCCACGGCUGCACUCUCAACAGGGCCCUUAAAGCUCUUUGCUUCCACCCCUGUCAGUGA